UGACAUGCGACGGAGGUUUCGGCUGCUGCACUGACGGUGUUCAUUUGUUCCAAAUAAACAAACAAAUAAAUAAAUAAAUAAAAACCCGCUGCUGAAAACAAGUCCCCUUCGCGCUGCUCUGCGCUGUCAGGCGUGUGUUGAGCGGAAAUGGCAAUCUUCACAGAGGUAUUUGUGGGUGGCUUUACGGCGGCGGGUUACUUGUCUUUUGGCCGCUUUUCCAGCUUUUAGACACUCAGUCUGAUUAAAUAACGUCACAUCAGCGACACUUUGAGAAGCUCUGCUAGUCAUUGGAGGACCAGAGGUGUGAUGGAGCAGGUGAGGGGUGGCCUCUACCCCUCAGAGGGCAUACCAUGAGAGGCUGCUCUCUGCCAUUAAGAGUUACGUGAUCGUUUCCGUUCGGAUCCAACCACACCCGCCCACCCAUGGCAUCCAGCUACCCCCCUUCCUUCGAGGGCCAGGGGGAGGUGAAAGAGGGCUUCCUGUGCCCCCUUUGCCUGAAGGAUCUGCAGUCCUUUUACCAGCUCCAGGACCACUAUGUGGGGGAGCACUCUGGAGAGGAGCAUGAUGUCAAGGGCCAGCUGAAGAGUCUGGUGUUGAAAGCUAAGAAAGCGAAGGACAAGCUGCUGAAGCGGGAUGGAGAGGACCGGCUUGAGGGGGGCAGCUACGAGUCCUUCUACUACGGGGGAGUGGACCCCUAUAUGUGGGAGCCCCAGGAAAUGGGGGCAACCAGGAGUCAUCUUGAUAACUUCAAGAAAUACAGGGCAGCAAGGAUAGACCACUACGUCAUCGAAGUGAACAAGAUAAUAAUCCGAUUAGAAAAGCUGACAUCUUUUGACAGAACCAAUGUAGAUGCUGCCAAAAUUAGAGCAAUUGAAAAGUCCGUUGUCUCAUGGGUCAACGACGCAGAUGUUCCGCUUUGCCCAGAUUGUGGCGACAAGUUUAACAUCCGAAACCGACGGCACCACUGCCGCCUCUGCGGCUCCAUCAUGUGCAAGAAAUGCAUGGAGUUUGUGCCCCUUCCACUGGCACACAAGUUGACGAGCAGCACCCGGGAGGCACUGUGUGCACCAGGCAGCCCGGGACAGUCCCAGUCACCACCAGGGGCAGGAAGUGCACAGGGCUCGCGGCGUGGCAGCAUCAGCAGCCUGAGCAGCGUCAGUUCCGUGCUGGAGGAGAAGGAUGAGGAUCGCAUCCGCUGCUGUCGCCACUGCAUGGACACCUUGCUGAGGAAGCAGGAAAAGCUGGAGGAGAAGGAGCGCGUGCCCGACAUCGUCAAACUCUACGAGAAACUGAGGCUCUGCAUGGACAAGGUGGACCAGAAGGCCCCAGAGUACAUCCAGAUGGCAGAGUCGCUCAAUUCAGGCGAAGCAACUUACAACCUGGACCAUGCCAAUGAGCUGCGGAUAGAAGUACAGAAAUACUAUGAACUGAUCGAUGCACUGAGUAAGAAGAUACUCAACCUUGGUAUGAAAGAUGAACCCCCACCCCAUCCAAAGACACUCCAGCUGCAAAAGAUGAUCCGAUACUCAGCCACACUGUUUGUACAGGAAAAAUUGCUUGGCUUGAUGUCUUUGCCAACAAAGGAGAAAUAUGAAGAGCUGAAAGAGAAGAGAAAACGAGAGCUGGAAAAGAGGCUGCAACAGGAGAGGCAGGCUACUCUGGAGGCACAGAAAAGGAGGUCGGAGCUGGAGAAGACGAGGUCAGCAGUGGCUAACACCAAUGGAGAGGCCAGCCAGCCAGCCAAGCCUACCAUGACGAAGGCCGGAGGCUGGCUGCCCUCCUCCAGCGCACUGCACACAAAGACCUUCCAGGACCCCCUGCUGCAGCAGAUCAACAACAUUCAGUCGUUCAUCAAGCAAGCACGCGCCGCCCAGCGCAUGGACGAGGUUGCUACUCUGGAGGAGAACCUGCGACAGCUGCAGGACGAGUACGACCAGCAGCAGACCCUCCUGGCCAUUGAGCUUUCCAAGAUGACGGCGAAGAAGGAAGAAGAGGAGGCGGGAGUGCAGACAGGGAGGGCUGCUGACACACGCACACAUACCCGCACGCGUUCCCUUGACUUCAGGGAGGUGUGUGUGGGGCAGGAGGAGGAUGGACAGGACCUGCCACGAGGAGGCCUGAGAGCUACCAACCCAAACAUCAACCACCUGUCAAAAACACAGUCCUUGAAGGGCUUCCCCCAGCCCCGGACAAGUCAAGUGAAGACACCACCACAGGAGCUGCGACAACAGCAGGCAGAGAUGCAGCCCCGACCUCCAGAAGAGCAGCGCAGUGUCAUAACUGCUUCCCUGAACCCUUUUGAAGAUGAGGGCCUCAGCCCUGGAGUCGAGGAUCCUUCCAACCCCUUCGCUGAAGAGAUCCUGAAAGAGCACUCUCAAAAAGGUGUGUCCAAUGGCAGGAAGGAGUACAACCCCUUUGAGGAGGAGGAUGACAACAAGGAAGCGGAAGCAACGCCUCCCAGAGAGUCUCAUCAGGGUCUGAACCCGUUCGAGGAAGACGACGAUGCAGCAAACCCUUUUAACGAGACAUCCAACAGCUCCGUGAGAGUCUCCACCAACCCCUUUGAGGACGACGAGUCUACGAACGACGACAUCGAGGAGGAGCUGCUGAUUCAGCAGAUUGAUAACAUCCGAGCGUACAUCUUUGAUGCCAAGCACAGCGGUCGCACAGAUGAGGUGGAACUUCUCUCGGAGAAUCUGCGUGAGCUACAGCGCACCCUCCAGGAGCAGAGGAGCAAGGCACACUGAUCUGUGUUUUUAGUGUGUGUUCACAUGUCUUGGAGCCAUCUUAACAUUUGUUACAUCCCGUAUUGUAAUGUACAUGGUGAUAAAGGACAUGCUAUUGCUGUACUAGAUCUGGACCCCGGAAGUACAUCGCAGGCCACAAUGGCUUUUCUCUUAAGUCAGUCAAAAGUGCAGCUUGUAUGAGUCUGGAGGGCUCUGUACUUCAGGUCGUUCCACGAAAGGCUAAACACCUUAGAUGUCUGUUUAAUUGUGAAGCGCCCGUUCCGCUAUUGAGCCACUCAUAGAACAAAUGUAAUGUGUCAGUGCAGAUUUUUUUUAACGUAAAAACUGGUAAGAGCCAGUGGUUCGAAUCAAGCCCUUGGGGAAACAUCUGUUCCUUACACUUGUUAAUGAGAACUGACCAUUGGAAGUCUUUAAAUUUCAGUGGUCAUGUGCUGAACAAUGGAGAGAUAAAGCCCUGGAGCUACCGGUUUUAAUUUGUACUACUGACAGUUGAAAUGCCAGAGCAGGGGUCCUCAUACGUGGAUGUCUGCUGUAUGUGUACUUGCUCUGAUUUAAAGGUUUUUGUCAAUAUGAAGGCACCGACAGACCUCAACCACCUCCACAGCUCUGGGCCUCUUAGGAACAUUGUUUUAGUUCUCUGCCACUGAACAGCUCACCUGGGGUGGAUCUGAACCAGGUGCUUCAGUGAGUUGUGCAAACAUUUCACAGCAUGUGGUGCUAGUGGUCAGUUUUCUUAACCAAGUGUUUGGUGGGGGGGGUUACCUCUUUAGGUCAGCACCUGUUUCCUUGUCUCUGAACAAGUAUAUCCUAUUAUUCCUCUACUAGAAUAGCCUGUUUACACAGGGGAAGGUGAGGUUGGGAGAUGGAAGCCUUUGCACUGUUUCACUAACUUUUUACCCAGAAUGCUCCACUGUUUGGAAAACAAGUUACUUCUGCCCUUAUUAAUAAUAAAUACCGCUUCUCCCCAUGUCUCUCAGAAAGAGGACAAGAUAAAAAGACAGUUAUGGGUAAGAAUUUUCUUAAAGGGAUAAUUGCAGCAGAUAUGAACAGACAAUGUUUAUGACAGUAAUGUUCUGCUCUUUUUCAGGCUGGACUGUAACAUUUAACACUAACUUAGUGAGGAAUAACAGUAUUAUGUAUACAGCGUGCAAGUACAGAUGUUUUUUAGAAUACUUUUUUCCUUGUUACACUUGUUUUACUCUAAUCAUUCUCUGGACUUGUUCGAAUCAUUAAACAAUAUGCCUUUCAGCUAGCCAUGACGCACCACUGAAACACACUACUGCAGCUUGACUGGACCACCAUUAGUACAUUUUAUAAGAAUGUAUCACUGUCAAUUGUAUGUGGGUGCACAAGAGGCUUUCUAUAAUGUUACCUCCUUUUGCAUUUAUCACCUUGGAUGUUAUUCUGCACUAAUAAAACUGACCAGAGUACAAAAGCAAAUGAAAGUCUUUUUUUUAUGAAAAGUCAUUUGGAAAGAUCAGUUAAGUUUAUCCCAUCAUUUCCCAUUAAAUACAUAAC